UAUUGCUAAAAAUCCUAACAUCACAUGUAAGCAUAACUCUUCGACUUGAUAAAACUUGACAAAAUCAUCAACCCACAAUCUUCAGAAGGGGCCAGCUUGCUGUAUUUCGCCGGAGAAAGAGGAGGAUAUGGGCCGCCUCAACGUCACAGCGCUGCUGCUCUCGAGGUGAGCCGUGCGGCGGCGCCUCGAGCUGGAAACAUUACCUCGCUCGCAACCUCCUCAGCGCGGCCAUGGUUGGGGUGGAGACGUCGUCGGCGAGGCUGACCUUCUUUGCCUCAGAUCGGCAUUCAGUGGAGUACCACGGCUUCUUCGAGAGACAGCAAGAGAGGGGAAGAUAGAAGGGAGGGUGUGGGGACGGGCGGCGGCAGACGGAAAAAGCGGCGGAAGUGCAGGUGGGUAUGGGCGGCGGGGAAGGGGCUGUGGGGAGAGAGGAGUUUGAGGGAGAAAAGGGCGAGAUAAGAGAGUGAACACUGAACAGAAAAUUAGGGUUCGGGUAAGGAGAGUGCGGGUCGGGCCGGAUGUGUAAAUGGGUCGGGGAAACCCGGUCGCCAAGAAAAAUUAUCAGCACAUCAAAAUCAAUACCCCUGCCAAAAGUCAGCACCGCAAAAUUAAUCGGAGUUAGCCAAUAUUUCAAUUUUGCUAAAGAGGAAGAAUAAUUCUCUGAUUCCUCCGAUCAUGGCGGAGGGCAAGGAGGGUUCUGAAGUCAAACAUCCUCACCAACCUCUACCUUUUCUAGAGGUGUUGUGCAAGAGUUCCGGCAAAAUUAGGCGUUUUGCUGCCGGAACUGAAGCGCGUUUCGCGGUUAAUUUGAUAAACAAGAAGCUGCUUUCUAACGACGGCGGUGGAGGAAAUUUUUUGCUGGCAACACACAUUGAUGCAGUUAAAGACGGGGAAGAAGAGCCCGUUAGCUUUGGUCCUACUUCUAUGCUUGUGGAUUAUGGAUCGGAUUGGAAGCUGCAAACUGUGGUUGAAUCUAAUGGUGAUAAAGGAGAGGUCCACAUUGACAGGGAGAGAGUGCCGAAAGCUUAUGCUCAUGGCGUUGAUGGUUCACAUCCGACUAUGGAGAGACGGUCGUCGCCCAUCAGUUUACUGUACAUCGGGAAGAUAUUGUUAGCCUUUCUUCUCUUAUUCGUGAUUGGUGCUGUAUUCACUUUGUUUCUGGAAAACCUUCCUCAAAUCAUCUUGUACAUCAACUCUUCAAUAUGAUUAGAAAACUCAACUCAAAUCUAAGUCCCUUUUCAUAUAGUUGUUUUUAUUUCUUAUAUGAUUAACAGUCGGUGUACCAUCUAUAAUAUUUAUUUUCUUGA